GUAUUUCACUUUCACUCUAUGACUUUGAAUGUGGAAAAAUUGCUUUUGGCCAUACCACAGGCGCAGAAUCUGGUUUCUGUAUCCAUGGCAACGGCUUUACAAGAAACAUCGGUGGCCUUCUACACAACUUGAUUUUGAUAUCAGCCUCAGCUAUGGAAGGUAUGCUAGGACCUCACACCAUGAAUGCUUUGACACAGAUACUCAAACCACCUGGUGUGGAAUCUGACAGUGAUGAAGAAAUCGACAAGACCACAACAGUUUCACGGGUGAACCCUGGCGACAUUGGCCCAAAGAAAUCUGCAUCAGGCCAAGACAAGAAAAAGGAGGUGGCCAAUAAAAAAGAUAUCUGGGAUACUGAAGAAGUUCAAGAGGGUGCAGAGUUUGAUGACAUCCAUGACCCGAGGCCUCAGCCCGAGUAUGACAUUGUCUACAAGCAGGCUGUAUCUUCUGAGGACAUGUUCUUACAGAUGGGAAAUAAGACCCCGAUGACAUCAAGUUGUGAAGAUAUGGUGGUAAAAAUCCAGCUACUCGACACAAAAGGAUCUGAUAUAGAACUUGAUGUAAAGAAGACAUUUCUAGACUGCCGAACACCAAAAUUUAAACUUGGUCUUCACCUGCCUCAUCCCGUCGACCAUAAAGCCGGGAAAGCGCAGUGGGAUAAUGCAAACCAUGUAUUGAAUGUGACACUCAGGAUAAUCAGAGACUAUGACAUGUUCAACUUCUGAUCCAGCGCGGAGUCUACAGCAUUAAAAUGACUAUCAUUAACCAAUGCAUUUUGGUAUCGAAAUGCAUUGGAUUGCUUCCAACUCGAUAUGUGGCGAUAAAUCUCAACCUCAAAGGACAGAAUUUUCUACAAUGGAUUUAUCCAAAUGGACAUUUUUUCAGCCAUAGUUGUGGUCAAACUACUUGUAUGUUUACUUCUUCAUUUGAUGAAGUACAGAGUGGGCCUUGCCGGAGAGACAAGUAUGAGAAGAUAAAUUUGAAAUAGGAGUACCAUUGUUGUGUACAUCUAGUUUUAGUUUAAUAUGAUCCGUCCAGUUUUGUUUACAUGGCGAUGCCAGCCGAUAUCAGAUUUCUUAACUCAGAGAUGUUGGAAGUGUAGCGAUUUUAAUAGAUUUUCUGUGAAUGAUCUUCCGUCUCCCUCUAACUCAUCUGUCCGCUGUACUUGUUUGUUUGUAUGACAUACAUUUAAUUUCAAUAAAUGUUACUGUUUUGAAAACAUCCUCUUCCCUACUCAACUCAAGACUGUUCGAUAUACUGCAGUAUUCUGAAUGUACUGCAAGUUCAUAUCUUACUGAUCUUAUAUUCUUAUAUUGGGGCCUCAUAAGUCUUGUAAUGGAGCUUGUACAGAUGCAAGGGGAUGACUAGUGCCAGGAAUCAUUGUAGGCCUAAGGACCAUGUCCAAGAAACGUUUCAGCAGAAUCAACCUCAUGAUUCACCGGCAGGGUGAUAUGUUCAUAUGGGCGACUCUGCCCAUCCUGCUGCACAAAGAUACCAGAUUGGUGCAGCAAGUAGCGAUGAAAGCUUGCUACAGAUUCUUCCAAGAAGGACUUGAAGCAUGACAACUCCUAUCCAAACAUCCCAAUCAAGGUUACUUCAGCUGCAUGCAUGCUAUAUUGGAUUAUUAAGUUAUACACAAACACCUCAACAACAGAUUUAAAUAGAAUAAUUCCUUGUUUAUUCAGGACUUCAAUAUGUUGCU